AUGGCAAUGGCGACUACUCAGGUUAAAGGAAGCGGAUGGCCACGCCGGUCCAGCAACAGCUCCUUCGAGGGCAAGCCUGUGCAAAAUCAAUCUGUAACUAUUCUUAGGACUGUUAAUUUAUAUCCUUUGACAAACUAUACUUUUGGAACGAAAGAGCCGCUGUUUGAGAAAGACCCGUCAGUGCCGGCAAGAUUUCAGCGUAUGCGAGAUGAAUUUGACAAGAUUGGGAUGCGUAGGAGUGUCGAAGGAGUCCUUUUGGUACACGAGCAUGGACUGCCUCAUACUCUGGGGCGUCAGGAUGGUGUCAAACAGGAAUGGGUGAUUGAAGACACUAUUGGAAACUGGUGGAGACCUAAUUUUGAACCGCCUCAGUAUCCUUAUGUUCCACCACAUAUUACUAAACCUAAAGAACACAAAAGAUUAUUUUUAGUUCAGCUUCAAGAGAAAGGUAUUAUAAAUUACCAAGUUUCAUUUGGACUUGCAUACUUAUCAAUAAAUCCAGCUGCAAUAUGUAAAAAAUAA